AUGGACCACUCCCACUCUCAGCUUGAGCACGGCGUCGCAUUGUCCGCGGACAUUGUGCCGCAGACAAAUGGUGUCCCACCCUCUGGCGAUGAUGCGAAGGCACAGCUACAAGCAUGGGCGGAAAAGUACCGGGGUGCUACUGUUGCUGAUCUCGAUCUUGCCCCAGCCUUAUCGACCUCUCCCAGCACGUCUCUCGAAGAAGCCAUGCUGUCCGCAUCGUCCCACGAUUAUUCCCACCUCACUGUCCUCAACGAAAGUACACGAUCCCUGCUCGGUUAUCUCGCAGUGUCGAAAUUGAAGACUCUCUUCGAAUCUAAGCAGCUACAACCUUCAGAUCCAGUGUCGAAAGCUAUGGUGCGUUUCCAGCGUCGGGGCAACCACAAAUACCAAGUCAUCACAACCGAGACUGAACUGUGGGAGCUAGAAGGCUUCUUCGAGAAUGUCGGCGAAUAUGCUACCGGCAGUAAACAAGACUUUGCCGUUGUUACCGAUGGUGGAAGAAAAUUUGUCCUCGGGGUUGUGACCCGCGGUGAUCUUCAGGAGUUCGUGAGACGAAGACCAAGUAUGGGCGGGAUCCCCCCGGCUGCGGCCUGA